UAAAUAUCAUGCAUAGACGUAUGCAUACCCUAUACAACUACUUUAAACCUCUGCUGUUUUUUUAAAUAUUUUGAAUUCUAUAUUGAAAUCAAAUACAACACAUUAUUCACCUGAUAGCGUACGGAUUUAAAACAACUUUGAUACAAAACAUUCAUUUCAUUUGCUUUUUAUAGAACGGAAUUUAAAAUAAAAGGAUAUCUUUCGUUAGUAAACAAUGUCGGAGAGGAAGCGCGUGUGUAUUAUCGGCGCAGGACCGUGCGGCAUGGCGGCACUCUGCCACUUCUCGCAAGCAGCCUCUGACGUCCGACCGGAAGUUGUCUGUUACGAGAAGCAGGCGACAUGGGGCGGCCUCUGGAACUUCACGUGGCUCACUGGGACAGACGAGUUCGGUGAGCCGUGUCACGGGGGCCAAUACAAGCAUAUGUGGUCCAACGGCCCCAAGGAGUGCCAUGAGAUCCCAGACUAUACUUUUGACGACCACUUUAGAUGCCCCGUACCCUCCUUUCUGCCCAGAGCCGCCCUCAGGGAAUACCUAGAAGGCCGAUGGACGAAGGGCGAAGAAGACCUUCGCAAAUAUAUCAAAUUCAACACCGUCGUCCGUAACGUUGUUUAUAAUGAUGCAAGUCAAAACUUCACCGUCGUCUCAACGGACAUGAAAGCCGGCGUGUCUUCUACUGAAGUGUUCAGUCACGUAAUCGUCGCAGUCGGCAUUUUCAACGCUCCAAACAAGCCACCCUUUGAUGGUAUAGAGAAAUUCGAAGGUCGGAUCAUGCAUUCCCAUGAUUUCCGCGACGCUAAAGAGUUCAAAGGUCAGCGUGUUUUGGCUGUCGGUGCGGGCUAUUCCGCGGAGGAUAUAGCCUUGCAGUGCAUCAAGUUCGGCGCAAAAAGUGUCAUUUGCACGUGGCGCACGAAACCAAUGGGCUUCAAAUGGCCGAAAGGGAUCGAAGAGCGGCCACUCUUGCAGCGACUUGACUGCGAGACAGCGUAUUUCAAGGACGGUUCCAGUGCGAAGGUUGAUGCAAUUAUCUUGUGUACCGGAUACCUGUACGCGUUCCCGUUCCUGGAAGACCGGCUGCGGCUGCAAUCUAGGCUAACCUACUACCCGGACAAUCUGUACAAGGCGACCUUAUGGCUUGGUGGCGGAGGCCGCCGAUUGUUCUACCUGGGUGUCCAGAAUCAGUACUUCUCAUACUCUAUGUUUGAAAACGAGGCUUUGUGGGCAUGCAGGUACAUUAUGGGCACCAUACCAGGCGAGCCGAAGAGCGAGGCGGAGAUGCGCAUGGACGCGGACAAGUGGGUGAAAAGGAGGCAGGGGCUGAAAGGAUACCACGAUGAAGUCGACUUCCAGGCGGACUUUGUCGCGGACCUGAGUGGCGCGGUAGGGUACAAAAUGGAAGCGAAGAAGAUUGCAGACAUGUUCCACAAGUGGCUAAACGAUAAGGAUGCGGAUGUUGCAAGCUACAGGGACCAGAGCUUCCAGUCACCGUUCACGGGGACGGUAUCGCGACCCCUCAAGUCCGGCUGGUGGAGGACUUUUGAUGACAGCACAGAGUCUGUUGUGAAAAACUAUGACUAGAUGGGCGCAGAAUUGCUUACAUGGCUUACCUUACUUUCUGUAUCAUAUUCAGACUUGUGGAUUAAAUUCAAGGAAACAAAAACUAUGUUUUAUAUUUGUUUGGUUGAAAUUGCUUUUUAUCAUUAUAAGUGCAGUGCGUCAGGAUUUUGCUUUUUAUGUAGUUCCGCUUACACGUUUAUGAAUAUGUUUAUUGCUGGCAGUCAUGAAGUCGGGUCAUGUGUUUUUCAUUCUCUAAUUAACAUAAUCAGGUCAAAGUUGUUCGUAGCCGCAAUCAAUACGAACAGUUUUUACUUCAUACAUUUUCAUUAAAUUAAUAAUAUUCCUAUUUUGUUUUACUAUGCAAUAACAAUAAUUACUAUUGUGCCAUUUGUUAAUAUGGUAACAUUCCUUAUAUGACUACAUCCUAUACAACAGUUUAAUCAUCAAUGGUGUGUGUUUUUUUCGUUUUUCUCAAAAUAUUCUGAACGACGAUAUGGAUUUAUAUCUUUUUAUAUGUACUGGAACGUUCUUUGAAUGUAAAUCGAGCUUCCAAUUUCGAAAAGAAGUAAUGAAAAAUCUUAAAACAGGUUCCACCAAAUGCUUUUUUAGGAUCUUUGUUAAGACAAUUGGGAAUAAUUAUAGCAAGAGUUUUAAGGCCUUGCCACACAAAGUAAUGUUUAUAACACUGUGAGUAUAGUCUCUGAUAGCAAUAGACAUAAUUAUGUACUAAGUUAAUUGUGAUUUUUCCUAACGUUUUCUUUCGCUAUUUUGGCCAAGGUUUAAGUUCUAAAUACUGUUGAUGACACCAUAAAUCUAACAAUACUAUAAAUGCAUUAAAAAAGUCAAAGCAAUAAUAACCAUUCAAAGGUAUCAUUCAGGAUUCCAGCUAUAAUUGAUAAUUAGACAUUAGCAUUUUCUUCCCAAAUUUAUGAAGGUCACUAAACAUUACACACCCUAGAAACGUAAUUGACAACAAUUUUGAAAAAGAGUAAUCUGACUACAAAGCUAGACUAGAUAGUGGAAUAUUGCCACUUGCUUGGUGAGGUAUGUGUGGUGCGUACUGUUUCAACUCUGGGAUAUCUUUUACACAGUCUUGGUGGGUCAGCUGUCUCUUGGACUAGAUCGCAUCAAUCGCCUCAAACACUGAAAUAGUACACACAUGAGCAACGAGAAAACAGUGGAUUUCAAAUUAGAUUAAAAGAAAAGAACCCGAAAUCGGGCAUUUCUAAGCCGCCUUCAGACUUAUUUCCAAUAAUUGCCGUGCGCUUUAUUUUGUCUCUUUUCCGUUCAAAAUAUUUGUCAUCCGAUUUAUUAUCGUAACUAUUUAGUCGGGUGUUACAAAUUUUGGGGCUAGGUGUACAAGUUUUGAGAAAAGUAUGGUUUUGAUAACAGUUAUCCUACCAAAAAAUGUAAGCUUUCGCUUUUUCCAUGCGUUUAUUAGCUGUUUGCACAAAUUUGUCAGUCCAAAUAAGAUUCACACAUUCAUCUUUAUCAUAGCCAAAAUAGUCAGCAUGAAAUAUAACGUAUUUAGUUGCAGAUUGUAUAUUAUUUAUCAUAUCAAUAUCUUUG